AUGCCUCCUUCGCUCCCCUCCGUAUCCGGGGUCCUCCUCAUCGGCAGCGUCCCGCUCCCCUCAACAAGCGAAGUAUUCAACAAGCUCACCUCCACCCUCCCGCAGCGCCUCGCAUCACUCCCAGACGGCGAACCGGGAUCGCGCCAAGACUUCAUCCUCUGGGAACGCUCGCGUUUUCCCCCAGAAACCCUCAAGUACACCAACGGUGGAAUCAACCUCCCCGACGGCCACUCGGGCGUUUUCACGCAGGACGACGUCAGCCCAACAGAUUACGGCGCGGCUGCGGUGGAAUCGUGGCGGUUCUUCUGUGAAUAUCGAGAACGCGGUGUGAUCCCAACCGGUGUACGGUUCCAGGUCUCGCUCCCAUUGCCCUGGGCGGUUAUCGCGGGGCACGUGCGGCCGGAAUUCCACGCAAUGAUGGAGCCGCUGUAUACGAGGCGGAUGGAGGAUGCGGUUCGCAUCAUUCUUGACAAUAUCCCCGCCGGCGACCUAGCGAUCCAACUUGACCUCGCGCGCGAGAUGCUGGCGUUAGAGUAUGAGCGUGGUCGGCUGGGUGAAGAGUUUCGGCCGCACUUUGCGGGUGUGGAGGGGAUUCUCGAGGGGGUGUUGCAUCGCAUUCAGCGCUUUGCAUCGCUUAUCCCAGAGGAUGUUGAUCUCGGUUUGCACUUUUGUUAUGGAGAUCGCGAUCAUAGGCAUUAUGUUGAGCCGGAGGAUUUGGGAGUCGCCGUGGGGUUUGCGAACGCUAAUCGGGAAAGGCUGAGGAGGAGGAUUGCCUGGAUGCAUCUUCCUGUGCCGAAGGAUCGGGCUGAUAAGGGUUACUUUGAGCCGUUGAGGAAAUUGAUUUUGGGGGUCGGUACGCUGGCUGAGACGAAGUUGUAUCUGGGUCUUGUCCAUGCGAAUGAUGAGGAAGGGACGAGGAGGAGGAUUGAGGCGGCGCUGUCCACUGUAAGGGGAUUUGGGGUUGCGACGGAGUGUGGGCUGGGGAGGACGCCUACUAAUGAGCUAGAUUCGAUCUUGAGUAUCUCAAGGGAGGUCUCAGCGCCUGUGUAA